AUGGAAGAUAAAUCCCGCCGUGACAGACCUCGUGUACUGAAAGCUCACAAGUGUAGAUUUUGCCCAAGUUCUUUUUCAAGUAAACGAAAUUGCAGAAAGCACAUCAAAAAACACUUGGAUUUAAGACGUCUUCCAUGUAGUGUAUGCGGUGAAAAAUUUAAAACUAAAAGAAAAUUGCGUUUUCAUAUGAAGUUCCAUACAGGAAAAAAAAAGUUUCAGUGUAAAUUUUGUUUUCAAACUUUCAACAAUAUUGCAAAGUUUAAUAGACAUAAAGCAAUUCACAAGUCUUACUUUGACUGCGAUACAUGUCAAAGAAGAUUUUCGUCUAAACGCAAAUAUGAAUUGCACAGGAAAUCUCAUCAGAUAGAAGCACCUGACCGAAAUAAACAUGUAAAGAAAGAAGAAACACAAGCAGGAUCUUCUUCAGCUCAAAUUGUGUUCAGAUUCCAUAAUAACUCUAUUCCACAAACUCAAGCUUCGAAUAAAAUAAAGAAAACAUCAAAAACUUCGAAAAUUGGCAGUUCAGAGGAAAAAGUAAAACAAGUGGAAACUUCUUCAGCUGAGGUUCAGGAAGAAGUGACGACAGAAGCAGGAACAUCUUCAGCUCAUGUUUAG